GCAGGCGGGCGGCGCAGAGCCGCGCGGUUCGGCGGGCGGUGAGGAGCAGAGCGGGAGGCUCGCGGCCGGCUGGGAGCGAUCGGCGCCGCCGCCGCGGCUUGUCCUUGUCCGCCCGCCCGCUGCUAUGACUCUGGAGGAGACCCACGGACAGGAGCCGGUGCCCGCGGGCAGCGACUGGAUGCAGGGCGCCGGCAAGGCCCUCCACGAGCUGCUGGUGUCGGCGCAGCGCCGCGGCUGCCUCACGGCCGGCGUCUACGAGUCGGCCAAGCUGAUGAAUGUCGACCCCGACAACGUGGCUUUCUGCGUGCUGGCGGCCGAUGAGGAGGACGAGGGGGACAUCGCCCUGCAGAUCCACUUCACCCUCAUCCAGGCUUUCUGUUGCGAGAACGACAUCGACAUCGUGCGGGUCAACGACGUGACCAAGCUGGCGGCUGUUGUGGGGGCCAGCGAGGAGGACGGGGAACCGCGGGACCUCCACUGCAUCCUCAUCACGAACCCAAAUGAGGAUGGCUGGAAGGACCCAGCUCUAGAGAAGCUGAAAUUCUUUUGUGAAGAGAGCAGAAAUGUCAAUGAGUGGGUGCCAACUAUCACCCUGCCCGAGUGAUGGUGACCCAGUGCACCGGGGAGGCUGAAACCUUUGUUGCAUUCUCAACGUGGUGUUGGUUCACCGAAGUGUGCAACAAGCUGCUGAUUCCAUGGAUUAGCCUGGUCAAGAGACUGGAUUAAGGUCACUCAGACUGGCAUGCAGUGGGCUCUUACAGAGGAGAAAGAGGAAAAAAGAACAGCUCACCCCACCAGUGAGCCUCAGUAGGCUGCAGCUGCAGCGGGGAGGCUGACAUACCAUGGAACUGAAACAAGUAUUGCAAGUUUCCUGGUCGAGAGGAGCUGUUUCAGAAGACAGAGAAAGUUGGGGGAAGUGGGCCAAAACUUUACAGAAGGACUGGACAGAGUACUGUAACUAGAACUAUUGGCGCUGUCUAUAAAACAUGGAGAGAAGGAAGUUCCAGUAUUUGAUGGACUAUUAGAGACUGGUUACUAAAGGGGAUAUAGACUCUUAAAGCAGACAGACUUCCACAGGCCUCUGGGCUGCUCUGCAGAACUGGUUUAAUAAUGCAAUAAUUUUUAUUGAAAUAUUUGCUGCUAUUGAAGCUUUCAUAAUAAAUUUUUGACAAUUAA